AUGUUCACGGUUAUAUCAGGCGGAACUUCAACGAACGAGCUGGUUAAUCUUUUCGAAUCCAUAUCCAACUCUGUGUCUUAUAUUCUGCCAAUUAGUGAUAAUGGUGGUUCAACAUCUGAAUUGAUUCGUGUCAUUGGAGGCCCGGCAAUUGGAGAUGUCAGAUCUCGCAUCACAAGGCUAAUACCUAAUCCUGUCUACAAGCACUUCUUCUCCUAUCGGCUGCCAGAAGAAGAGCAACAAGCAGAAAUUGAAUGGAAUGAAAUAGUCAGUGGAACACAUCAAGUAUGGAAGAAUAUUGAACUGCCUAUCAAAGAGCUGAUAAGGUCAUUUUUGAUCCAUAUUCAUAUGGAAUUGCUUAAGAAAUCAAGGCCUGGGGCUCGCAACUUUAACUUUGCUAAGGCUAGUAUUGGCAAUAUGUUUUUAAGCGGCGCUAGAUUAUUUGUGGGAUCCCUUGAUUCUGCUAUUGAACUGAUGUUGAGGAUUUGUAAUAUUCCACAGAAUACCAGUAUUUUGCCUUGUCUCAACACCAACUUUACCUACCAUAUCAGUGCUGUGCUGGAAGACGGCUCCAUAAUUACGGGCCAGUCUCAAAUUUCCCACCCAAUCAGCAAAACCGUCAAGGAUCAAAAUUUUGAAAUUUCAUCCACUAACGGUCAAAAUACUCCCACUCCAUCAUCUCACACCGCAUCGUCGUUCAACGAUUACCAGAUGAUCAGAAAACUUCUAAUUGACAAUCAUGAACGUGAUAAUGAGAACGAGUUUGCUGUUCCUGUUUAUACGCAUCCCGAACUGACAAAAUCUCAACUGCAUUUUACUAAAGAUGAUUCCAUCCCUCUCCCGUCUCCCAUCCGACGGGUGUUUUAUAUUUCUCCUUACGGGGAAGAAGUCUUCCCUGUUGCACAAUCCAGAGUUAUUAAGGCAGUUGAUUCGGCUGAAACUGUUGUUUACUCAAUUGGCUCGUUAUUUACCAGUAUAAUCCCGGUGCUAAUAUUGCAAGGUAUGGGACAAGCUAUUCUAUCAAAGAAAAGGGGUAAUAAAGUUCUUUUACUCAAUGGUUCAUACGAUAGGGAAACUUUCACCAUGACUGCGUUAGAUUUCGUGAAGCAUAUACACGAAGCGCUGGACUAUAGUAUGUCGUUACAGAACGGAAAGCUAUCGAAAACAAAACGCACAAAAUACAGAGAUUUUAUCACUCAUGUUUUCUAUCCUGAGCAAGGAGAAAUCUUGGUUGAUGCUGAUGAAUUGGCGCAACAUGGAAUUAAAGGUGUACCAGUGAAAGGCCAGUCUACAUACGAUUUGGAUGACUUAGAGAUGAAACUGUCCAUCAUUCACAACAAAGUGUUAUUUACAAACUAA